UGCCCUUCGAAAAUAUUCCGGCUUGUGAAAAAUACAGAGGUGGUACACUAAGUCAGUGUCGGACAAACAUCUGUCGAUCGCCUCCGUUUAAUUAUUAGUAAAUGUGAACUUUAUAGUUAGAUAUGCACCCACGGAUCUUGUGCAGUGGCACGGCUGCGGCUGUCGCUUCCAGGAGAAUGAAGACUAUUCUAAGCGCCGUCCUGGGGAAUGACGGCUGGAUGUGGAGAAGCCAUGAAGUCAAAUUUCUCAACACGUCCUCUGGAGACACAGUAAUGAUUGGAGACAUUUCCUACAAACUCAAAACCCCACGCAACCCAGAGCUGGUCCCUGUCAAACACAUUUCAGAGUCCUUGCCCCAGGCUGUGGCCCAGCACUUGAGAUGGAUUAUGCAGAAAGACCUCCUGGGCCAGGAUGUGUUUCUAAUAGGUCCCCCUGGACCUUUGAGACGAGCCAUAGCCAUGCAAUACCUUGAGUUGACCAAAAGAGAAGUGGAGUACGUGGCUCUGUCCAGGGACACCACAGAGACUGACCUGAAACAGAGGCGGGAGAUCCGGGCUGGGACCGCUUUCUAUGUAGACCAGUGUGCCGUUAGGGCGGCCACUCAAGGCAGAGUUCUGGUUCUGGAGGGGCUGGAAAAGGCAGAGAGAAAUGUUCUGCCUGUCCUCAACAACCUCCUGGAAAACAGAGAGAUGCAGCUGGAGGAUGGACGCUUCCUUAUGGCAGCGGAGCGCUAUGACAAGCUGCUAAAGGAGCACACCAAAGAAGAGCUAGACAGUUGGAAGAUCGUCCGUGUAAGUGAGGACUUCCGGGUCAUCGCCCUUGGACUUCCUGUCCCCAAGUAUAAAGGCAACCCCCUGGAUCCUCCCCUCCGCUCUCGCUUCCAGGCUCGAGACAUCCAUUACCUGCCAUUUAAGGACCAGUUGGAGCUGUUGUACACGGCAGGACCGAAUAUACCUGCAGAGAGAGUGUCCCAGUUGCUGUCCCUUGCCACAACGCUGUGCUCCCAGGAAUCAUCCAACUUGGGCCUUCCUGACUUCCCCAUAGACAACCUCUUACAUGGCCUUAACAUGCUGAAUGUGGUCCCCACAAUGUCCUCGCAGCAGCUGGUCCAGAGACUCUACCCCUACAACAGUAUGCUGGGCAAAGACGGAUGCAGCGCUGUGGAGACCGUCCUCAGUAGAUUUGAGCUGAUGGAUGGCGGACACAAGUCUCCUGGCAGCACCGUUGUUAGUGUGUCCAAGACAAUGGGCGUCGAAGGAUACGCAGACGUUACAUUGCGUGUUGCAGAUGAAGAUGUCACCUUUCAGGUCCCUGCAGGCACCAAGGAGCCACGCCCACCCAACUGUAACCCUGUCUUCAUCAGCACCCCUAGCCACAGUAAGGUGAUUGCUGACAUGAUGCAAUCACACAUGGUGAAGGACAUGUGUCUGAUAGGAGCCAAGGGUUGUGGCAAGUCGGUGAUUGCCAGAGAGUUCGCAGAGCUGCUUGGCUACAGCAUAGAACCAGUCAUGCUGUAUCAGGACAUGACAGCCAGAGACCUUCUCCAGCAGAGAUUUACACUUCCUAAUGGUGACACCGCAUGGCGCCCAUCUCCGUUGGUCACAGCCGCCAUGGAGGGCAAGCUGCUGUUGCUGGAUGGAAUACACAGGAUCAACUUGGGAACGCUGGCUGUUCUUUCAAGGUUACUCCAUGACCGUGAGUUAGAUCUCUACGAUGGCACCAGGCUGCUGAGGUGGGACAGGUACCAGGUGCUGAAGGAAGAAACUCAAUUUACUGACCAGCAACUUCAAGAGAGAUCAAUCUUCGCCAUUCACCCAUCAUUCAGAGUCCUCGCCCUCGCUGAGCCUCCAGUAGUGGGCACCAUUGCGAACACGAGUGGCAAAAGCAAAGGUCAGCAGUGGCUGGGCCCCGAGUUGCUUACUAUGUUCCUGUAUCACACGGUCAGCCCGUUGGCCCGAGCAGAAGAGGUCAGCCUUCUGCAAGGACUGUCUCCCAAUGUCCCAAAAGAAGCCGCAGAGCAGCUACUGCACCUCACACACACACUACGGCAGACAAAUGACUCCACGGCACAGUCACUGGCCUCCUCCCUCUCCACGAGACAGCUGUUGAGGAUCUGUCGCCGGCUCUCUAGCUAUCCAGAGGAGCACAUCGCCCACGCUGUCAAUAAGGCUUGCCUGUCAAGGUUUCUCCCAAGCGUGGCUCGUGCCUCUUUGCAGAAAAGCCUCGCCAACUGCUCCAUAGAAGAGACUCAGGAUGCUGAACACACACGUGACUUGACAUGUGUGGUCAAAGAUGGAGUGCUCACAAUCGGCAAAGUGUCCACUCCCAUCUACAGGCCCAAUGAGAAAAUGAAGGUUCCAGAUGUGCUCUUCUAUGAUAAUCCUCAGCACAUGAUGGUGAUGGAGGACAUGUUAAAGGACUUCCUACUCGGAGAGCACCUUCUCCUGGUGGGCAAUCAGGGUGUGGGUAAGAAUAAAAUAGUGGAUCGCUUCCUGCACCUUCUGAACCGACCCAGGGAGUACCUACAACUGCACAGAGAUACAACUGUACAGACGCUGACCUUGCAGCCUUCAGUCCGAGACGGCAUCAUCACAUAUGAGGACUCACCUUUGGUAAAAGCGGUGAAAAUGGGACACAUACUGGUAAUCGACGAGGCCGACAAAGCCCCCACCAACGUCACCUGCAUCCUUAAAACCCUGGUGGAGAACGGAGAGAUGAUCCUUGCAGAUGGACGCAGAAUCAUCUCAGAUCCACUUGAAGCCAAGGGGAGGCCCAAGACCAUCGUCAUGCACCCUGACUUCAGAAUGAUGGUACUGGCUAACAGACCAGGCUUCCCCUUCCUGGGCAAUGACUUCUUUGGCGCUCUUGGUGACAUCUUCAGUUGCCACGCCGUGGACAACCCAAAGCCCCGGGCUGAACUAGCCAUGUUGAAGCAGUAUGGCCCGAACGUCCCCGAUGCCACCCUGGAGAAACUGGUAGCGGCCUUCGGAGAGCUCAGGUCCAUGGCCGACCAAGGCACCAUCGCCUACCCGUACUCCACACGAGAGGUUGUCAACAUUGUCAAGCAUCUGCAGAAAUUCCCCAGCGAGGGUCUGGCUAACGUGGUGCGGAACGUCUUUGACUUUGACUCGUACAACAAGGACACGCGUGACGUCCUGAUUGAAGCACUGCACAAGCAUGGGAUACCCAUCGGGGCCAAACCCAGCGCUGUUCAACUGGCCAACGAGUUGCCCCUGCCAGAAGCCGUGAUGACAUCAUACUGGACCAUCAGCCAAGGCGUCAAUGCUCGGCGCAAAAUGCUGUGUCCAUCUGAGACACACCGCAUAGAUGUCAAGGGCCCUGUGUACUUGCGUGUUCAGGCCUAUCCUUGCCACAGGCAGGAGAGCCGGGCAUUGAGUUUCAGUGAAGAAAAAGUCCAUUGGCAGAUUCCCAUGAAUGAAGUCAACAUCAUCUGUGACGUCGCCACCAAAGAUGACACGUUGUUCGUGGCCACAUGUAACCCUGUGACCCUUUACUCCAUGAGGGAGCGUGGGGAGACUAUUCAGUGCGUGGAACUUAACAACAUUUUCCCCAGAACCGUCAGCGGCGUGUGGCAGCCCUUUGUCACGGUGGCCCCCCUGGGGAGUCCUUUGGAGGGGCAGGUGGUGCUGCACGAGGAACAGAGUAACACGGUGCUCCUUGUGGACAUGGCGACGGGGGCGGUGCGGAGGCUCAUUUUGUCUCCAGACAGUGAGCAACCCCCCAGCAAAACCUCCAAUUGGUGGAGCAGCAAGGAACCACAGGGUGAGUACAAGAUGUGCUGUGACUUUGCCCACAAGAACUGGCUGCUCUUCUACAAGGAAGAUGGCAACCAGCUGGAGGUGCUCGAUGUGCUGGAGGGCCAGGUCCAUGCCAUCUCUCUGCCAAUCAACCUCAAAUCCGUCUUCUUGGUAGCGGAAGAUCGCUGGCUGCUGCUGGAGAGCAACACCGACAAGAAGUACCUGCUGACCAAGCCCAUGCACAUGGCGGCCGAGGAUUCUGGUGUGUGUCAGCUUCACAGCAUCAGCGAGGAUGCAGUCAGUUCGGGGCACGGGGCCAGCUCAGAUGGUGCAUGCAUUCCCCAGAUGAUGUCAUGUGACCAACUUCCCAAUGAAAACCUCAGUGCUGCCCUCAGCCAAAAGAUAAUCUCACCGAAUCGCAUCAUGACUGACACCAGCUCCUUCGCCCAGGUCAUUGUGGGCUUCCCAGACCUCAUGUCUCCAAAUGAGGUAUACAGCUUUAAGAGGACUGUCGAUCUGUCAGAGAUGAAGAGCAGCGGUGCUCACACGUUUCUCCGAGGUGGCCUCCGGACUACGGCCGCCAAGAGAAGCAAUUGUGUGAGUCUACUCUCAGCCAAUCAAGUGGUCCGAGCUCUUCCGCCAAGCAAGGUGCCCCUGAAGGAGGUCUACCCCAAAGAUGUCACACCUCCCUUGACUGCAGGCUACCUGGAGGUGACUGAUCUGAACUCGAAAAAAGUCAAAUAUAUUCCUGUUCCAAGGUCCAUGUCCGUGUCGCCUUACACCAGCUGGUUGUCCAAGGUGUCUGAAACUGACAUGCUGAUAGCUCCACUCAGCUCAGGUGGCGUCGUCACAGUGGACAUGGGGGGCUACGUCCGUCUCUGGGAAACUGGGCUGGCCACUCUGCAGCGGUCGCUGAUGGAGUGGAGGAAUAUGAUUGGCUCCGAGGAUGGCAGGCCUGUACAGAUUACCAUCAAGAGGGACAGUGGUUUGGACGUCAGUGCCCCUAAACAUGGCAAAGUGGACUCCAAAAAUGCUCCUCAUGUGGGCGGCAACCAAUGGGCUGGUGGCACAGGUGGUAGAGACACCGCUGGGCUGGGCGGCAGGGGGGGGCCUUAUCGCCUGGAUGCGGGACACAAGGUGUACCAGGUUUCCCAGGCAGAGAAGGACGCCGUCCCAGAGGAGGUCCGCCAAGCCGCACGAGAAAUGGCAAAGAAAGCCUUCAAAGAGAGACUGAAGGAGAUCGACAUGAGUGAGUAUGAUGCCGCCACCUAUGAGCGAUUUUCCAGUGCAGUCAGGAGACAGGUUCAGUCUCUACGCAUCAUACUGGACACUUUGCAGGCUAAAGCUAAGGAGCGCCAGUGGCUGAAGAACCAGGCUCUGGGAGAACUGGACGAUGCUAAAAUCAUUGAUGGCCUCACUGGAGAGAAGGCCAUAUAUAAACGGCGAGGAGAGCUCGACCCUGAGCCUGGCACUCCCCAGCAAAAGCCCAAGCGUUUGCGCGUGCUAGCUGACGUGUCGGGAAGCAUGUACCGUUUCAACGGUGUGGACGGCCGCCUGGAGCGCUCCAUGGAGGCCGUGUGCAUGGUCAUGGAGGCCCUGGAAAGCUACGAGCACAAAUUCAAGUACGACAUCUUGGGGCACUCGGGCGACGGGUACGACAUCGAGCUGGUCCAAGUGAACAAAGUCCCCAAAAACAACAAGCAGAGACUCACUGUUCUCAAGACUAUGCACGCCCAUGCUCAAUUCUGCAUGAGCGGUGACCACACGGUGGAGGGCACAGCGGCCAGCAUCAAGGAGCUGUCCCAGGAGGAGGCCGACGAGCACUUUGUGGUGGUGCUGAGCGACGCCAAUCUGGAGCGCUAUGGCAUCAGGCCCGAGCACUUUGCCCGGGUGCUGACCUCCGACCCGCAAGUCAACGCCUUUGCCAUCUUCAUCGGGUCUUUAGGAGAUCAGGCCGAAAGACUCCAAAAGACCCUUCCGGCCGGGAGAUCCUUCGUCGCCAUGGACACUGCACAGAUCCCCCAAAUACUACAGCAGAUCUUCACGUCCACUAUGCUGUCCAGUGCUUGACGGUGCCUUAGAUUGAUGACCCACAUUCACUUGUUCAGCCUUACACUCAACACUUUAUUUUUUGUCUGUUGUAUCAAACACAUCACUAUAAACAUACACAUACACUGUAAUCAUCAAUCUGUCCAUUCACAUACACACAUAACAUAAAAUGUGUUCCAUCCACAUAAACAUAACAUUUGACCCUUUAACUGUACACACAUGAUCUCAACAUCUAUCCAUUCACAUAUGCAAACCUUCAAAUAUAAUUUAAACAUGUGUGUCCAUUCACAUACACACGUAAUGGAAAAUAUGUUCGUCAGUUCACAUACAUAACGUUUCUAUUUAAAUGUAUACAAUCAACCUCUGUCCAUCCAGUCACAUACAGUAUAUGCACACAUUCACAUACACAUCGUCCCUUGCUACUUUGCAGUUCGAAGAUUGUUCCAUCACUCUAUUGCAUUUUUUGAAAAGGAGUUAAUACAUGAUCACUGUUUCAUGGUUGACUAUGGAAUAUUAGUCAAGAAAUAUUCAAAGACAAGUCAUGUAAUAUUCUGGACACUAAGCAUCAGUAAUGUUACAUUGAUGAGACAUAACAUGACAUUCGAUUACCUUCACACUGCAUGGAGUCAGCCAUUGAAUGUCCGACAUGACAAAAGUUCUCCUCCUAUUCCGUGUGGAAGUGGUAUGUUUUUGGCUUGUUAAUUUGUCCUUCUCUCCCACCCUUUCUUAAGUUUAGAAUAAAUGAAUUGGAAGCUAAUUAGCUAGUUUAGUAGCAUAGGGGUGUUAUUUCAUGUCGACAGGGCUCUAAUAAUUGUUGUAUAUAGGAAGUUGGAAACAGGUUUGAAAGUAUAAAAUUUAUUAAUAUUGAAUUCUAUUUCCGUGAAAUUCGCUUAUAGCGGUUGGGUCUGGAAGCAAUUGACUGUGAUAAACGAGGGACGACUGUAAUUUAAAUAUAGCUGCUAUUGUCAAUUUACAUACACACAUAAUGUAAACAGUUGGUCAGUUUACAUAAACAUACAAAUUAGGGAUUUCCAGAUUGGAUCGGAUCAGCUGACUGUGUGGCCAACAUGCUAACCACUCCAUUGACAUACUGACGUAACGUAAACAUCUGUCUGUCCAUUCAUAUAGUACAGUAGACACCAUCUUGAGGCCUGUUCAUCCUUACACUGUACUCCACCUUUUGUCACCAUGUGCGCUCAAAGUUUGAUUUAUUUUACUAGUUUAUACAGAAAAAAAGUAUUUUUUUUUUAUUUCACAUAAGACUUCAAACGUUGUGUCAACUACUUGACACACAACCGAGUCGUCACGGCAUACAAAAAGUCACAACCUCAACAUGCCAAUGUCCUGCUCGUUCAUCAUCAGGACAGUCCAGUCUCCGGAAAUGGCCAACGCCUUGGGAAUGGAGGAGGGAAUUUCCCACCUGAGUGAGUACGCUCUUUCAAGGCAUCCGCCAUCAUUUAAAAGUCCCUCUCACCCCUCCCUCCGCUAUGUGUUUGUCACCCAUGUGGCAUCCGUGUCAACACCCCUGGCAUUGGCAGAUCCUCGAGACGCCUGCCUGGCCUUCAUCUCAGUCCUGCUUGGAAUCUGAGCUCGUAUUUCAUAGACAGACCUCCCACUCUGUUACCACAAAUGCAUACAAAGCUGUCACUAUGAGGGGACACGUUGUAGGAAAGAGACUGACAUCAUAUCAUGUCAUAUAUUCUGUGGCCUUUUUUUUUGUGUAAUUUUGGUUUUGAUUUGAUUUUAACGUGUCAAAAACUGCUGGGUAUUAUUUUUUUUUUUUUUUAGAAGUAAAGAAAGGGCAAGAAGAGUCGGCUGAAACAGGAAAUCAAAUAGACACACUAUACAAAAACAAUUACAAAAAUCUCACUGUAGAUCUUGUAAUGGUAUCACUACUCUGUAUUUAAUAUCAAAUACUGUAAAAAGAAACGCCCACUGCACGCACUCAGCUAAUUAGAGAAUGUUGGACUGAGCUGAUCAAUAGUAUUGAUUGAUGAUUGUUGUCCUACUUGAAUGUGACCUCAUUAAACAUCCUUUUUGGUGUGUUUGUGCAGCAAACAAUCAUACACAUACAGUAUAUAUAAUUGUACAUAUUAACUUAUGUGACAGUAAAUAGAAUGGUGAAUUUUAAUUAAAAAAAUAAU